AUGAAAAUUUGUGUUUUGCUGUUGGCGGCCUCACUUGGCGCGGUGAUGGUGUCCGGCGAGGACGACCACAAGACUAUCAAUGAAAAACAACGCAGCCUUUUGAUGGAUAAUUUCGAUACAGACUUCAGACCCUGUACGACUUUCUACAAUUAUGCCUGUUAUAAAUGGUCGGAAAAUCACAAGGCGAAACGUGACAAUUACACCAACGUUGCUGAGAUGUUAAACUAUGAGGUCAAUCUGGAAUUGAUGGAGUAUUUUGAAAAAACACCCGAAUCGAAUAUGCCAGGAUUUGUGAAAAUGGUCAAGGAUUUCUUUGUGUCCUGUAGGGAAACUGCGGAGUUGACAAUUUUGGAUUUCAUGCAUUUGCUGGAGAGACAAGAGAAUAUGAAAUGGGCCCUAUUCACUGCGGACAAUAGCGAAGAUUUUGUUUUCGACUGGACUGCAAUUGCAGCAAGGUUCCGUAAAUAUGGUUUCAAUUAUUUGUUCCGCAGCGAAGCGAAAAAGUCUCCAGAUGCCGAUAAAUUUACAAUGUACUUUAAAAUGCCCAACUUCAGUAGUUUCAACUAUAUAUUCCACUUUGAAAUGGAGGAAUAUAAUCGCACCAUACCCCUGCCCAGCGGCACCAUGAAUUUUGAGGAAUUAUGGGAAAUCAUUGAUACGUUUGAGGACAAGUUCCGUGAAAUUAAAGUCCCGAAAGAGACGGAGCCAACAAUGUUUAAAUUCCAUGAACUACCCUAUCCAUGGAUGCAGAGUUACCUCAAGGCCUUGCUACACCCACAAGCCAUCGAUCCCGAUAUGGAAGUAGGAGUUUACAAUAUGGCCUACAUGGCAACCUUGGAUAAUUUCCUCAAGCCCUACGAUGCCAUAUUCCUGGCACGUUACAUAGAAUUGCGAUUUAUGCAGAUUUUUGAUAAGCUAAAUCAACGUAGCUACCCCAGCAAGUGUAUGACGAUUACGAAAAAUAUCUUCCCCAUGGCCACGGAAUAUAUCUAUGGACAAAUGCACCCGGAACUGGUGGAGGAAGUACCAAAAAUCAAACAAAUCUUUGAAAAUAUGGUGCGAAGUGUCAACAAAUCUUUGCACCUGGAUGUGAGUGGAGUCAUACCCAAGGCGUUCUUUGAUAAACUGGAAACCAUGCACAUGAAAGUCGGCAAUUUACCACAAGAAAGGGAUGCCAAGGAUCUGUUGGAAUCGUACUAUGCCCAGUUGAAGUUGACACCCUCGGAUUAUUAUCUCAAUAAUUUGGAAAUCAUGAAAUUUUAUUUUAAAUUCUGGCAGGACAGCAAAUACGCUGUCGAAGAUGACAUGAUGUUCUAUCAAAACAAACCAAAUUAUGACUACGAAGCGGAUAUUGAGCCGACAUAUGUGGCAUCGAUGAAUCUUUUCAUUUACCCAUUGGGCCUGUUCCGACCACCCGUAUAUCAUGCCGACUUUGAGGAUAUUUUCAAGCAGAGUUCACUGGCCACUCUCAUGGCUGUGCGAAUAUUUGAUGCCUUCCUGGGGGUUGAUGAUGAUGGUUUCCCCGCUGACGAUGUUAAACAAAUAGCCGGUGUUAUAGGUCUCUACUCAUCAUUUGAGGCAUUUUUCUCAACUCUAACCGCCGAAGAGAUUAGCCGCUACCAAACAAUGUUUGGCUUCACCACACUGCAACAACUCAAGGAAAUGUUCCUCCUCGGCUCGGUCCACUACAAAUGCGAAUGGAUUCCCGCCAGCUUGCAACACUAUGUCGAUUCGACUGUGAGUCAUUUGUCAGCUUUUACCGAAGUCUAUGAUUGUAAAUUGAAUAACUAUGUGAAAAUGUUUUAG